AUGAUUUCUAAAAAUGAAGAUAGUUUUACAGAUAAUAUAUAAUCUGAAAAAAAAUACUAUGAAAGUGAUGAGGAUAUUCAACCAUUAAAAGUAUAUCAUUUAUAUUAAAAGUAGGUAGGAGAUAUCAUUUAGAAUCGGUUUCUAAUUAGUCAAUAAAUAGGAGAAGGUUCAUUUGGAAGUGUCUUUAAAGUACUUGAUAGAAAUAAUAAUAAUGCUCUUUGGGCUAUGAAAGUUGAAGUAGAUGAUGAUGAAAAUAGUUUAUUAGAAAGAGAAAUCAAAGUUCUUAUUGAAUUAAGGUAUAAUUACAUCAUUUAAAAUUAGAAAAUAAUAAGGAUUUCCAUAAAUUAAAUUCUAUGGAUAAGAAAGAGGAUAUACUUAUUGUAUUAUGACAUUAUUAGGAAAAAAUUUAGAAUAAAUUUUUAGAAAAUUAGGUGGAAUGAUGAAUUAAAUCACUGUAUUAAGAUUAGCAAUUUAAGUACUCAAAAUAAGAUGAUAUUAGCCUAACAGAUGAUUGAUAGAAUUUCAGUUAUGCAUGAUAAUAGAUUUCUUCAUAGAGAUAUUAAACCUGAUAAUUUUGUAAUCGAAUCUGGAGCUAAUGCAAAAAUGUUAUAUUUAAUUGAUUUUGGACUCUCUAAACAUUAUAUUGUAAAAUACAUAUUAUAUUAAUUUAUAGAAUAGUAAAGGUUAACACAUUCCUUAUGUUAAAAAGGCAGGGCUUAUAGGAACUGCUAGAUAUGCAUCAUUAAGUGCACAUGAAGAAAUGGAAUAAGGAAGAAAAGAUGAUCUAGAGAGUAUUGGCUAUGUUUUGAUAUAUCUUGCUACAGGAAAUCUACCUUGGAUGAAUUUGUAAAAAGAUUCUAAGGAUAUUAAAUAUUCAAAAAUUCAUUAAAUUAAAAAAUAAACUAAAAUUGAAGAUCUUUGUUCUAAUUUACCAAAAGUAAUAUCAUUUUAUUGUAUUUAUAGUGUUUCUAUUUCUAUAUGAAUGAUGUGAAAACUUUAGAAUUUCAAGAGACUCCAAAUUAUGAUAAAUUAAAAUCAUAUUUUGAAAGAGAAAUUGAAAAUCUUAAUAAAUUAACAAUAAAUACUUCUACAUAUACAUAUGAUUGGGAAAGAUUACCUGAAUAUAGCAAAUAAAAGAAACAUUAGACAAUUCAUGUUAUGCAAGUAAAUUCUUAUUAAUCUAGAAUUAAGACAAACUAUAAUCAGUAGAAAUUGCAUUUAAUCCACAUAAAUUAAACCAAAUAUCUAAAUAAAAUUAAUUUAUUAAUUAAUAAACAAAGGAUUCUUAAUAAAAAUCAACACAAAAUUAAUAACUUACAUUUGAAUAAAUAAUGAAUGAAAAAAGAAAAGGUACAAAAAAAACUGUCUAUAGUCCUACAGGUAAAAGUAAAAAAACUCCACUUUUAAUUAAUAUUGUAGAAAAUAAUGAUUUCAAUAAAUAAAAUUUAUUGUCUCCAAUUACACCUGAUGAUAGUAGAAUUUUCAGAAUGUAAAAUCAUUCUUCCACUUUACUUUAAAUUCCUUAACUUAACUCAUCUUAUCAAUUAGAUUCUUUUAUUUUACCUUCUGUAGCAACUUCUAGAAUAAAUAAUUAUUUUGAAAGUGAAGGUGUAGUUAGUGAAGGUGGAGGAUUGCCAAUAUGGGAUUUAUGUGAUGGAUCAAAACCUGAAUUCUAAAAAGUAACUGGAAUUUUAGAAGGAAUAAAGAAACCUAGUUUAAUUAUAUUAAGAAAAGAAAGAAAAGCACAUACUUGUAUAUUAUAUAUAAUUAAUUAAUAUAGAAAUAGAUACUGUUAAAUUAAUGUAAGAAUUAUUUGUUCCUCCAAUUAAAUUAAUUGGAGAUUAGGAAUCAAAUGUUGAAGGAUUAGAAUGA